AUGAAGCUCUCGCUUCUCUCUUCUCUGGCCGUCCUCUCCGCCCUCUCAGGCGGGUCGGCGGCCAUUUCCAUCCUCAUGGGCAACGACGACGGGUUUGGCAGUGCCCAGCUCCGUGAGUUCUACCGCUUCCUCAAGGCAGACGGACACGAGGUCCUGGUCGUCGCCCCGGUCGACAACGAGAGCGGCCACGGCGGUCAGUCCGACUACUCGUCGGAGGGGAACCUCACGAGACCCUCCGAGUUCGACUUCGUGCCCGCCGGUGCUCCGGCGCUGGGCCGUGACCCGUCGAACCCAGACAUCUGGUAUUACAAUGGCACCCCGGCGGCGUGCACCUUUGUCGCCCUGGACCAUGUCCUGCCGCUGUACUACCAAAACCGGUCGAUCGACCUCUACGUCGGCGGACCCAACUACGGCACUAACGUGGGCAGCUUUCUCUACACGCUGAGUGGCACCAUGGGCGGCACGUACGCCGCCGUCGGUCGAGGGAUUCCCGGUAUCGCCUUUUCCGGAGGCAACACCGAGCAGAGGGCCUAUACCUGGAUUAACGCGACGACGGCCUCCGGUCACCCUGACCCAGCGACCAUCCAGGGCAAACUGGCUGCCGAUCUUGUCGGACAACUCGUGAACGGGACGAAGCCGGGUAAGAGACUGAUGCCGGUGGGCUAUGGUCUUAACGUCAAUACGCCCCUGAUCACGUCCUUCACCAACGACUCGUGCGUCGCCCCGCCGUUCAUCCAAACCCGCUUCACGGGAGGCGGCUUCACCGACUCGGCGCUGUACAACGAAACCACAGGCACGUUCCACUACGGCAACUACCUCGCGACGGGCGUGAACCGUUGCAUCAACGGCAACUGCGCGCUACCAGGCGAGACCACCGUCGUCGACGAGGGAUGCUUCGCCACCGUCUCCGUCUUCUCGGUCGACUACGACGCCCCGCUGGGCUCGGACCAGACAAACCUCCGGGUGGCCCUGGAGCCGCUCGUGGCGUUCAAGACCCCUACUACCAAGAUGGCGGUCAAGGCUCGUGGGACCUUGUCGAAGAAAGAACUCGAGGAGAGCCAUCCUCUUCGACACGAGUAG